CCCGUCCAUUAACCUCAUAUUUUACGUUUAGAUGUCCCAAUUUUCGUUUUAUCAUUACUCGUCCAUAUCCAAGACUGGCUACUUUCACGAAUGCAAUACCCUCAAUUAUGACCUUGACAUCUAUUUCCCCAUACUCUCUUCCUGUUCGUAGCCCGAACUCAGUCUCUUUUCUCUGCCUUUUGCUGCUAGUCCUUCAUUGUGUAUCAUGUGCCCAGCUUUCUCCAUUAUCUUCCCAACAGAAGAAUCUAUCACUUAUUAGUCCUGCUCGACUUUCCUGUCCAACAGUUGGACACUCAACCUACCGUUCUUUUCGGAGAAACUGCCAGUUUUGUUGCCGUACCCAGCUCCCCCCACAGUCCCGCUUCCAUGAUUCGUACUGCCACUGUAUGGAGCUGUGUCUUUGUGACUGCCAAACCUCAUGUCACUAUUGUCGUAUUCUGUGCUGGUAUCUGGAGCAGAUUUGUUGCCGAACCCGGCACCGCCCACAGUUCCUUAUGCGCUUGGUAAGCUACGAAGUGAUGUGGAGUAAGGAUGGACGAGGGGUGAAUGCUUCAACAGGGCACAUGUCUUGCUUAGGGACUCACCAGAUCGGUAAGUAUCAUGACCUCCCGAGUAAGCAUUCGAGUCCUCACGGCCGAAGCGCGUAUUGCCUACAACCGCGGCGCUGCAGUCAGCAAAUCUCGGAUGGAGAAGCCUGUAGGGGAUAUCAAGUUUUCGAUACGCCACACCAGGUCGUCUCUUCCUUUGUCACUAUAUAUUCAGAUUACACUUACUAUGUUCGUGCUCAAGACUGUCGGCGGUGA